GAGCGCAGCUUUGAGUGACCGCAAGGGCGACAGACCAACAAUCAGGGAGUGUGACGAGCAGCAAGUUAUCCGUGUCACUCUCGUCUCUUUUCCUUCCCUUCCCAGCAAGAUGACAGACGUGGAGCUGAUGAAGAGAAUGUUACGGGCGGUGCUGGCGGCCAAUAAGAGCGGGCCCGGGGUGUCUUUGUCUCGCCUCCAGUCUGAAUACAAGGCUCUGACUGGUGAACAGAUCCCUCAUAAACAGAUGGGUCAUGCCAGUCUGGACACCCUGCUGCACAGCAUUCCCAGCGUGGUUCACAUGGAGCGCAACUGCACUGGGGAGAUGGUGUGUUUCGCCUCAGUCUCCAGCGAGACGGUCCACGUUGCCAAACUGGUGGCUCGACAGCGUACCUCCAAGAAGACUGGACGACCCCAAAUGGUCAACUGUCAGAUGAGGGUCAAACCGGCCGCCCCUCUCAUCCUCAAUGCCAAGCACAGAACCUCCCUGAGAGAGCCUGACCACAGGGGUCGCGGUGUGGGGCGAGGAGGAGGUGGGGGCGGCCGAGGAUUGGGAGGCCAGCAUGGAGACUUCAGACAGGGGAGGGACAUGAGGGACACCCAAUCAGAGGGAAAGAGCAAUCAGAGCUCCAACCAGAACAAACCAUUCAAUCAGAACACCCCUGCUACCAGGAAGUCCUAUGUGCCCUCUGAGAGGUCAGACAAAAGGAUGACCCUGCCGUCACUGUUCCAGAAGGAAGUGUACACUCAUUUCUCCAGGAACACCCAGAGCAACCCUUCUACAAACUUCAAAGAAAAUGCUGUCUCUGGGAAGCCCAAGCCACAUCACUACCCCAAGGACUACAACCCCUCACCCGGGGGGAACUACAACCCCCAGAAGGUGCAAGGGCGUAUCAGAGAGGUGCUGAACAAGUACAGUAAUGGUUUCUGGGUGUCCAAGCUGCCUCAGCUCUACAGAGAACUGUACAAACAGGACCUGCCUAGUGAAGCAAUCAAAGACUUGGAGCACUGGACACACAUCUGCACCGUAGAGAAACCAUGCAGCAGCAACCCCAAUGAGUUACUCCUCUACCCGGCUAAGGAUCCAACACAAACACAGACCGCAUCCCCUGUCCCUACCAGAGUCCAAUACCCCACCUCCACCGCCUUCACCCCAACCAUGGACAUCAAGCCCCAGUCAAAGCCCCCUACCACCCCCUCUACCUCCCCUAGUCCUCCAGCCUCCCCCUCCACCCUCUCUCCCGACCUCAGACAAAAACUGGGAGAGCUUCUAGUCAAAUACAGCAAUGGUCUAUGGGCCCACGCCUUACCCAAACUCUACUUGGACACGUACAAAACCAAACUCCCUGAACACAUCCUGGAGAAUCUCUCGCUGCUCUCCGACUUCUGCACCAUCGAAUACCCCAUGCCGGACAACCCCAAACGGGCCAUUCUGUACAAGAGGACCAGGGAGGAGGAGAACCGCAACAGGAGGGAGUCAGUGGAGGAGUGCAGGGCGAGAGAGGAGGUGGGGAGGAGGCUCAGUACCCAGACUGUACCUCCUCUUCUCAUCCCCCGAGAGGAGUACCCCUCUGUGUUGGUGGGGGAGGCUGCUAAUACCAACGGAGUCAUACUCCGGUACAUAGGAGAAGGUUACUCCCAAGCCCAGGAGGCUCUGGAGGACAAGAUGAGAGAAUUCUACUGUUGCCAGGACAACAACACCCGUACUGGUGACAAGAAAAGUGGUACGCCCCUGGCCUCCCUAACCUCAGGUCAGCUGGCUGCCGUCAGGACGGAGGAGGAUGAGGAGGUACUACGAGCACAAGUCACAGAGGUCAUGGCUGACAAGGUCAAGGUUUACUAUGUGGAUCACGGGUUUUCAGAAGUCAUCAGCAAGGCCAAAGUGUUUGAGCUGCAUGAGAAGUUUUUCAACCUGCCUUUCCAGGCCACCAAGUGUCAAUUGGCUGGUCUGGAGCCUUUCUACCAGGAGCCUGCUGUCCUGAAGAAGUUUCAGUCCAUGGCCAGCGGCAAGAUCCUGUUGGCUGAGAUCCUAGAGAGAGGGCAGACCCCAUUGGUGGUCCUGUACGACACGUCGCAGGAUGAUGAUGUCAACAUCAACGCUGCAUGUAUCAAAGCCCUGCAGGACAAGACUCUGGCCAGCCCCCUACAGGUGAACAGUGCCUAUAUGAACGUGGCUGUGAGUAGUGUGUGUUCAGACGGGACCAUCUACUGCCAGCUCCCGUCUCGAGGUCUGGCCAAACUCACUGAGAUCCUGGAGAAGGCUGAGGCAUACUUCCACUCACAGGUGACGUCAGAGUUCCUGGUGUCCAGACCGUUCUGUGGGAAAAGCUGUCUGGCACGCUACAAAGGCAAAUGGUCUCGCGUGGAGAUCACUAACCUCCAUGGUAGUCGUGUGUUGGACAUCCUCUUCAUAGACCUGGGGGUGCAGGCCUCAGUGGAGGUGAUUGAGCUGAGGGAAGUCCCACCUCCUUUCCUACGGGACUUGAUUGCCAUCCCACCACAGGUGGUGAAGUGUUGUCUGGCUGACCUGACUGUGAGUGGUGUGGGCUCCUGGACUCCAGACGCUGUUCAGUGGUUCCGAGACGCCGUGCUCAACUCCACAGACUGCAGCGUGAAGAUCGCCAAGCUGGAUGAGACCAAGCGCAGUGUAGCCCAUGUCUACCUGUUCCCCGACAAGAACUUCCAGGACCCCGCGAGGAGUCUCAACCGCCAAAUGGCUGCCUCGGAUCUCUUCAAACAAAGAGGGGACCACUGCCCUUCCAAGACCUCCACCUGUACCUCCACUGCCACCCUUACCUCUACCCCCAAGACCUCCACAACCACCACCACACCCAGCUCCAACGGGACCAAGCCCCAGCUGAGAUGUGCCCGCUCGGAACCAAGGCCGACGGGGGGUACAAGCACCCCUCCGGGGACUCCCCCACCUCCCUCAUCCACCACACCUAUCAAGCUACCCUUGCUGCUGGAACUACCACCUGCAGGUCAUAACAUGGAUAUCUAUGUGUCGGUGGCGUGUCAUCCGGGCCACUUCGUAGUGCAACCUUGGAGAGAUAUGUACAAGCUGGUAGUUCUGAUGGAAGAGAUGAUCCUGUACUAUAAUAAAACAGAGGAGAAGCCUCUCAAAGGGGAGAAGAACCAGAUAUAUGCUGCCAAAGUAGAGAACAAUUGGCACCGUGUGCUGGUGAAGGGGGUGUUGACCAAUGGUCUGAUGUCGGUCUAUGAACUGGACUAUGGUAAACAUGAGCUGGUCAGCGGCACACAGCUCCGCCCCCUCAUACAGGAGUUCCGACAGCUACCAUUCCAGGGCAUCACCGCACAACUCGCAGGAGUGAAACAGAGGCAGUGGUCGGAGGAGGCUUCCAUCUUGUUCCGGAACCAUGUGGAGAAGAAGCCGCUGGUGGCUCAGCUGGAGGCCGUACAGGAAGCGUAUCACCCCUGGGACAGGAAGUUGACCGUCUUCCUGGUUGACACCUCGCAGGAGGAGAGGGACAUCUGGGUUCACGACAUCAUGGUCGAGUUCGAUGACGAACUCACCAAAGAAGUGUAGUUAGAUCAACCCUGUGCACAACAGUGCAUCUAGAGUGCUGGUUAUGGCAGGAACAACUAGGUAGGUCUAUUCAAAACAAAUGUUUAAAAAAAAUAUAUAUUUAUAUAAUAAAGUAUAAACAUUUGUUUUGGAUACCUAAGUGUAGUUGGAUGCUGGACAUUUCUACGGAUGUUGCUAUGAGAAACCAGAACGCCUGUUGCCGUUACAAUGGGAGACAGUUGGAAGGAGAGGAGACUUGUGACUUGGACUUGUUGUGCUUGAGAGUGGGGGGACACAGUGAAACACACUCUCGCUCACAGUAUGGGAUGGCAUUCUGAUCAAAAGCUCAAUAAUAUCCCCAUCGUGCCGACUUCCCUAAAAGCUUUGCCCCACAGAGGAGUUGUCAUAAUCUGUUGAAUGUCUAGCCCUGAUAUGGGAUGGGUUUCCUGACGCCUUCGCUCAUAUGGUACUUUUGUUUUCUUGACUCAAGCCCCUCCGUAGAACAGCAAAGUCCUACAUUUGACAAAUUUCGCUCCUUGACUGGAUUGUGGAGAGAUAAUGUAGCUACGAAGGCUUUGGGAAACACAUUAGUGUUCCUCUAGUUAGAAACAAAUUAUGGAAAUAAAUAUGUUUGUGACACAUAAGCUGCAUUAACAAUCAACGCAAAAAACGUAUUUACAGUGCAUUCGAAAAGUAUUCAGACCCCUUGACCUUUUCCACAUUUUGUUACGUUACAGCCUUAUUCUAAAAUGUAUUAAAUAUAUAUUUUUAUCAUCAAUUUUCACACAAUACCCGAUAAUGACAAAGCAAAACAGCUUUUUUUAAAUGUUUGCUAAUUUAUUAAAAAUAAAAAACGAAAUGCCUUAUUUCAAUAGUAUUCAGACCCUUUGCUAUGAAACAUGAAAUUGAGCUCAGGUGCAUCCUGUUUCCAUUGAUAAUCCUUAACAUGUUUCUACAACUUGAUUGGAGUCCCCCUGUGGUCAAUUAUAUUGAUUGGACAUGUUUGGAAAGGCACACACCUGUCUAUAUAACGUCCCACAGUUGACAGUGCAUGUCAGAGCAAAAACCAAGCCAUGAGAUCGCAGGAAUUGUCCGUAGAGCUCCGAGACAUAAUUGUGUUGAGGCACAGAUCUGGGGAAGGGUACUGAAACAUUUCUGCAGCAUUGAAGGUCCCCACGAACACUGUGGCCUCCAUCAUUCUUAAAUGGAAGAAGUUUGGAACCACCAAGACUCUUCCUAGAGCUGGCUGCCUGGCCAAACUGAGCAAUCGGGGAGAAGGGCCUUGGUCAGGGAGAUGACCAAGAACCCGAUGAUCACUCCGACAGCUACAGAGUUCCUCUGUGGAGAUGGGAGAACCUUCCAGAAGGACAACCAUCUCUGCAGCACUCCACCAGUCAGGCCUUUAUGGUAGAGUGGCCAGACGGAAGGCACUCCUCAGUAAAAGGCACAUGACAGCCCGCUUAGAGUUUGCCAAAGGGCACCUAAAGGACUAUGAGAAACAAGAUUCUCUGGUCUGAUGAAACUAAGAUUGAACUCUUUUUGGCCUGAAUGGCAAGCAUCACGUCUGGAGGAAACCUGGCACCAUCCCUACGGUGAAGCAUGGUGGUGGCAGCAUCAUGCUGUGGGGAUGUUUUUCAGCAGCAGGGACUGAGAAACUAGUCAGGAUUGAGGGAAAGAUGAACGGAGCAAAGUACAGAGAGAUCCUUGAUGAAAACCUGCUCAGGACCUCAGACUGGGGUGACGGUUCACCUUCCAAUAGGACAAUGAUCCUAAGCACACAACCAAGACAAUGCAGGAGUGGCUUUGGGACAAAUCUCUGAAUGUCCUUGAGUCGCCCAGCCAGAGCCCAGACUUGAACCCGAUCGAACAUUUCUGGAGAGACCUGAAAAUAGCUGUGCAGCGAUGCUCCCCAUCCAACCUGACAGAGUUUGAGAGGAAUGGGAAAAACUCACCAUACAGGUGUGCCAAAUCUUGUACCGCAUACCCAAGAAGACUUGAGGCUGUAAUCACUGCCGGCGGUGCUUCAACAAAGUACUGAGUAAAGGGUCUGAAUACUUAUUUAAAUGUAAUAUUUCAGUUUUUUAUUUUUUAUAAAUAUGCAAACAUUUAUAAACCUGUUUUUGCUUUACACACUAUAAUGUAUAAUGACAGACUGAUAAGGGGGAAAAAAACAAAGGCUGUAACGUAACAAAAUGUGGAAAAAGUCAAGGUGUGUGAUUACUCUCCGAAUGCACUGUAACUCAACUUAUCAAAGACUGUUGUUAAUUAAGACAGUUACAGUAUGAAGGCCUUUACCGAGACCUGUACACUUCCGUCUGACGUCAUGAAGGUUUACAAAACGUAGUUAAAGGGAUAGUUCAGCAAUUCCUUUGGUCCAUAGACUGCUUUUGAAGGUAAAAUCGCUGAACUGUCUCUAGAAAUAUAUUGCCUCUAGUCAGUUGAUGAUGCAAAGAAGCUAUUGUUAUUUCUGUUUCCCGCUCAUGUGACUUAGAUCGGUUGGGGAAAAAAUAAAAGUGGGUUUUCAUUUAUUUAUUUUUCAAGUGUUGAAUUUGUGUCGGACGACAAGACUUUCUGCAGAUAUCCUUAGGGGCCAGGUGAUUUUUCUGGCCAUGUGUUCUGUGAGAAAAACUCUAUAGUUUGUUACAGUAUCAGGCUAGUACUUCAUUAUAGGGCCCAAAGUCUUCCAUGAUCAGGAAAAACUCCUGACUCUAGAUACGCUGCACGAUAUGUUGGACAUUUUGCUGAAUUGUUGAGUUACCGUUUGAGUGAUGGUUUGGCUGGAGUUUAGCUGAGAACAGAAUAUCUACUUGGCGUUAAGGGGUAAUUCAGCAAUUUUUACAUAUUUAGAUAUUUUUUUCCUAACUUUGAAAUCAGUCUACAGACAAGUAAUGACUAAUCCACACUUUGGUUUUGUUAAAAUACACUGCUUUCAUGGGGAGGAAACAAAAAUAUAUAAAAUUGCUGAACUAUCCCUUUAAGGGUAUUGGUUUUCUUUUCGUUGACAUUUAGACUUGAGGUUGACUGCAUACAGUAUGUAAAAUGUUUUAGAAAUAAAGUUAAAGGGUCAACUUUGCCAAGUUGUUUGCAGAAGUAAAGUUAAUACUGAGACAGAAAGAAAACAUAACUUUUUUUUUUUUGUCUAGUUGUCACUCAUAAUGGAAUUGAAACUCUUUAUUAAAAUAGCAAUAUGGUAACUUAUCUACAUGUCAUAUCACAUCAGUGUCAAUAAAUUGAUAAGUAACCCAAAUACAUUAAAGUUCAUACUCUUUCCCAA